UACCUUGUUUUGAUGGGAGCUUCAACAAAACAGUUGUUACUAAAGUUUAAUGAAUUUAUGUGUUUCAAUCAAAAUGAUUAUGUUUAUUAAAUAAAGAUACUUCCUUCACUCUUUGGUUAUUAUGGAAAAUGACGUUAAAAUGAAUUUCUUAGGUGGUGAAGUGAAAGAUUUACCCUGGGUCAACAAACGAGACCGAAAUAACCUGAACUUAACCAAAGAUGGUAAACCAGGAGAGUUUAUUAUUAAAACAUUGUUCAAUGAGUUUGUAAUUUCAACCGAGAAAAAGAUUGACUUUGUAUUGACAAAUGAUACUUUGGAAAAGCCAAUAUCUAAAUCCCUACAAAAGGGUGAGGAUAGUGUUUUUGACCAACUUUUAAUUGCCCUUGGAUCGGUUGCAGAACAUUGUUUACCUUCUCUGUUGUCUACUUUGUUUGCCUGGUAUGAUAGGCAGUUGAUAGCUACAGCUGAUUACAUUGAAACCAAAGGAUUCAAAGCCAAUCUAUCUGACUCUCAAUCUAAGGGUACUAAUAAAAGUUCCUCCUCUGGCUGUGAUAUCUAUGAAAAAUCUGAACAACUUUAUACCUUGGAGAAACGAGAUCUUUGUGUUGAAUUUAUUUUCUGUCUAUUCCUGAUAGAAGUUCUUAAGCAACUUCCCCUCCAUCCUGGACAUGAAGAUUUGAUCAGUCAUAUAGAGAAUCUCGCUUUCAAGCAUUUCAAGUAUCGUGAAGGUGCCAAAAAUGAUCCCAACUAUCAAAAUAUCAACAUUGUUGCUGACCUUUAUGCCGAAGUCAUCGGUGUAUUGGCUCAAGCCAGAUUCCAUUCUGUUCGUAAACGGUUCAUGGCUGAGCUCAAAGAAUUGCGAAGUCGAGAGCCGAGUAUGGUCACUACCCAGUCCAUUAUUAAUCUACUUAUGGGCAUGAAAUUUUUCCGCAUUAAAAUGGUUCCUAUUGAACAAUUUGAAGCGUCUUUCGAGUUUAUGCACGAAUGUGCCCAUUACUUCAUUGAAGUCAAAGAUAAAGAUAUCAAGCACAAUUUAGCUGGAUUGUUUGUUGACAUUCUUUCACCAGUUGCUGCUACGGUCAAAAAUGAAGUCAAUGUUCCUUGUCUUAAAAAUUUCGUUGAGAUGCUUUACCCGUUGACUCUGGAUUUGUGUGUUAAAAAGAAACACACUUAUGCCCUUUUCCCUCUGGUAACAUGUUUACUAUGCGUUUCUCAGAAACAGUUUUUCCUUAAAAAUUGGCACUGUUUUCUUUCCAUGUGCCUUUCUCAUCUUAAAAAUCGCGAUAGUAAAAUGUCCAAAUUAGCAAUGGAAUCGCUUCAUCGUUUACUAUGGGUUUACAUGAUUCGUAUCAAGUGUGAAUCAAAUACUGCUACCCAAUCCAAGUUGCAAAGUAUUGUUUAUUCAUUAUUUCCGAAAGGAUCCAAAGCUGUUGUGCCCAGAGAUGUUAAUUUAAGCUUUUUCGUCAAAAUAAUUCAGUUUAUUGCUCAAGAAAAAUUGGAUUUUGCUAUGAAAGGAAUUGUUUAUGAUUUACUUUCAGUUGACCGUCCAAUAAAAGUGAUUUUUGCUCCUGAGCGAAUGACAAUUGGUUUGAGAGCAUUCAUUGUGGUUGCCGAUAGUCUACAACAGAAAGAAGGUGAACCGCCAAUGCCUCGAACACCUGGAGUAAUGCCUUCAGGAAACACCCUCCGAGUGAAAAGAACCUAUUUAAACAAAAUGUUGACUGAAAGAAUGGCCAAAAAUAUUGGUGUCAACGAUUACUAUCCUCAUGUACUAAAAUCUCUUAACGAUAUUCUCAAAGCUUUAGAUCUACAAUUUGGUAAACCAUUAAUGCUUACCACAGUCCAAAACAUAAACAAAGAGCCUGAUGACAUGAUAACUGGUGAAAGGAAACCUAAAAUAGAUCUCUUUCGAGCUUGUAUUGCAGCAAUACCACGUCUAAUUCCCGAUGGUAUGUCCCGCACCGAUUUAAUUGAUCUACUUUCACGAUUAACUGUCCACAUGGAUGAGGAACUAAGAGUCUUGGCAUGGCAAGCUUUACAGCAUAUCAUAAACAAUUUUCCUGAAUGGAGAGAUGAUGUUGUUGAAGGUUUCAUCAACUUUAUUUUAUCUGAAAUCAAUGACACUUUUCCUCAACUGUUAGAUAAUGCUCUUCGAAUGUUACUCCAGCUUCUUGCCAGUUGGAAGACUUCUAUUCAAGCUAGUGGAACCAGCAAGUCUCCUGAUGAAGCAGAACUUCUUACAUGUAAAGGACAACACACUAUACUUAUUAUUCAUCGAUUGGAAGCUAUUGGUUUGGUUAUGCUUGUAAGCUGUCGUCAACCAACCCGACGUUUGGCUGCUAAUUUGUUAAAAGAAACUCGAAGCUUGUUGAAAUGUUUUUCUUCUGUAGCUGAAUCAGAAGAUCCUGUGCUUGAUGUUAUUGAUAGGAUUCGACCAUCUGUUUUAGAAAAUUGUCUUCACACAAUUCCUGCUUCUGAAAGAAGUGUAAUUACUUCUUCUUCGUACAAUGUUGAUAUUCAAUGGUUGGCAGAUCGCACCGGCUCUGCUUGGUUAACUGUUACUAAUGAAAAUGAAAUUGAAAUUAAUCGAUCAGCUGCAGAAAUAAGGGCUGAUUCAAUGAUUAAAAUGAAUGCCUGGUCUUCCAUCAUUACAGGUUUAAUGUCUGAAGUUUCCAAAGUUUGUACUUCAGCUACAUUUUUCGCUUGGUCUUUAGCAUGUCAGCGUCUUAAUUACCUUACUGUUCAUAUUGAUACUACAUCUAUCAACGACAAUCGAGCCUCAGUGCUACUCAGAGGAGCUUCUUCAAAUGUUAAAAAAUCUCCUAAUGAACGAGAUGCUUACCUUGCUCUAUGGAAAAAUUAUCUCAUGUUUGCCUGCUCAAUUGUUCCUUCUAGUUCCUCAGUCUCAAGCAAUGCCAAAUUGAUGUCGCACGAUUUAAGCUCAUCUCCAGACAGUAUGGCUUCUGAACGUUCAUUGGACAAUAAAUCACCCUUAAGCAGAGGAAUCAGUGCUUCAUGUUUAUUUUCACAAAUUUUGCCUCACAUUAAAAAUGAAAAUAAUGAAAUUAGAAAUGCAGCAAUCUUUGGACUUUCACAUAUCAACCCAUUCGCAGUGAAAGAAUUGAUGGAAGAAUUGAUUCCAUAUAUAAGAGAGGCAAUCGAUCGUAACAAGGAGAAUAAUAGAAAAAGAAAAUUGCGAGAAUUUUUACGUAUUCAGUUGGGAAUUUUACUCGAACUUUUGGCUGGCAGAGGAAUCUUUGGUCUCAAUUCAGCAACAUUAGAUCGAGAAGCAGAUGGACUGAAUAAUACGUUUGUUGAAUAUAUUGACGGUCUUCGUCUUUAUUUAGAAAACGAAAAUGACAAGGAAAAUCCAAAUAUCCUUGAAAUUCGUAUUAAAUUUUGUGGAUUCAUCAAUAAUCUAGUUAAAUCGUUUCCCUUGGAAAGUCGAUCAAAACUCUUGAGUCGUGAUUUGAGAGCCAAUUUAUUCCAGUUAUUUGCUUCUUGGUCAGGAAAAUACAGCCAAUGUCUAAUUGACUCAAAGACAACUCAAAAUAUCAUCGGCAACACAUCAUCUGAACUUGAGUUCAUGGCUCUGGAAGCUAUGUCUUCAGUUCUUGCCUGUGGACAUGUUUUUGAUAAUUCAUAUCUAUUAGAAGACAGUUCAGUUUACACUUGGCUUCGAGGUAUCCUUGCAUCGUCCGAUGAAAAAGUGACCAAACUUGCGCACGAAACCAUUGUCCUUCUUCUUGAAUUCAACCCAGACACUGGACCUCUCCUCGACUGGUUGGUUGAUGCAUGUUACUCACAAAAAGUAUCGGUUUCUGACAGCUGUUUUACUGCAAUUGCCACCAUUUUCAGUCUUCGUGACUAUCCAUGUGACCAUUACAUUGCAAUAAUAAAUGUAACUCUUAUGAAUGUUGGAAGUCCGAGAGCAAACAUUUCAGAAAUGGCUUUUAACCUGCUCCAGAUUCUUGAUCAUCGUUUCUUUGGUUCAGGCAAAAAAUUGGCUCUGAAUGAUGACUUUGAAAAACCAGAAAAAAACAUUUCCAAUUUUGAAAAAAUUUUGGAAGAUGAUGAACCAGAAGAAGUGUCUGAUGAAGAAAUUUCUGGCGUUCAGUUGAGAAAAAAGGACAACUCUAAGCACGAAUUCAAGCCUUUCGAACCACUGCUAAAUUCGAGUUUUCCUCUCAAUCAAUCAGAACUGUCUCAAAGAAUGGCCAAACUCCAUGCUGACCUUACGAUGCCAUUUUUCUCUGAAAUUACUUUUCGCCUUCAAAUGGCACGUCCAUCUAUUUGCCGUAACAUGCUUGACUAUCUUAAACCUUGGUUAACUGAUAUGGAACUUGUUGAUUCCUAUGUUAUCCCACAAACUAGUCCACUUUUAAAUAAUUACAAUUCUAAUCAUGACUGUGAUGAUCAUUUACCUAAAGGAUGGGGUUGUGCCGAAGCAACAGAAAUGGUUUUAAACAAUUUAUUUUACAUAACAGUUAAAUUCGGUGAUGAGUACUCUAAAGAGAUUGAAAAGCUUUGGUUCUGUUUAUGUUCCAAAUUUCCCAACAAUAUGAGAAUAAUUAUAAGAUAUUUGUUUAUUGUUACUGGUUUAUCACCAAAUGAACUUCUUCCAUUUGCCAAACGAGUUGCUCUUUACAUGGCACGAGUUCGCCCCGAAAGGUUUAUUGAUGAAAUGAUGGUUGAACUACAAACAGUUGAAUAUCUUAAUUGUGUCAUAGAACGAACCGAGACUCCACCAUUUUUCCGAAUAACUGCCCGCAAAGAAAAUGGCCAUUCAGAGGAAGGAACUGUAACCGCAAUAAAUUUUGAAGGAAGCAACCGAAUCUCGAUGAACCUUGAACAAGGUACAUUACAUACUAAAAGACAUUCAACUGAAAGUGGUGCCGCUGAUCGAAUUUUCGCAUCAGUUGAAAAUGCAUCUUCACAGGCAACAGAAAAUUCAACUGGAUCAACCGUUUCUGGAGGAAUUAGUACCAACAGAAUAGAUCGUCUUUCUUCCAUGACUGAAGAUCCUACAGUCAUUUCAUUUGCCUCAGUAACUGAGGAAAGUCUAAUGCUUCUCGCUCGUGUCGCCGAAUCUGAAGUUUGUCAACCAUCUUCAAGACAACCACAUCCCUUGCCUAUGCCAGAGUUUGGUGGUUAUUAUGCGCCAUUAACUGAAUUUUUGCCCGAUAGCUCACAGCCUGUGGUUGGCUUCCAUCGAUGUAACCUUGCUCUCAUUUUACUGUGUGAUGUCGUCUCUGAUGGAAUACCCAUUGAUUGGUCUCCGCAUAUUCCAAUCAUGCUUAACAUUAUCUUCCUUGGUCUUGAUCAUCCCAAAAUAUUGGUCCACGAACAUUGUAAACAAUUGCUUCUUAACUUGUUGAUAGUUUGUUGUGUUCACAAUGACCCAUUAACCAUAAGUCGAAUUAUGUUGAACAACAAGACAGCUCGUUUAAAGUAUAAUUUAACCAUUAACCCAGCCAUACCUGAACCAAUACCCAACUUUACUGAACCUCCUGCUGAUCGUACCAACAACUUGUUAACUGAUUGUUGUCUUAGUCAGUGUCGUUUAGGGCGUAAAUGUUUCGACAUGCCUUCCAAUCCAUCUUUAAAUGACAUGGGAAAAGAGAAUUGGUCUGUUCCUUCUGAAGACGUUAGUGAUAACUGUUCUAAUAAUUCAUCUGAUGAACAAUUGAAUAGCUCAAUGAAUUUGGAAAUGUUGGUUAAAUGUUUAAUUCAAUUUCUUGACUUUAAACGAGGCUCAAUACUCUGGAACUGUGAAGACAUUACAGCCAAAGUUUGGUCUGUCCGAAGUGCUGCUCAAUUGUCUUAUUUUCUUGAACAUAUUCUCCUCGUUUUCAAAGAAUCACUUGUUCGAGGUCACAUCGAGGAAAGGUGGGCUGAAGUUGCUCUCCAAUUAGCAUUGUCUUGUUCCUCUCGCCAUUAUGCCGGUCGAUCAUUGCAAAUUUUCCGAGCUAUUAAGCUUCCAAUAAACUCGAGAAUGCUUUCAGAUAUUUUAUCUCGUCUUGUUGAAACGGUUGCUGAACCAGGUGAAGAUAUGCAAGGUUAUGUGACUGAACUUAUGUUAACCCUUGAAUCAGCUGUUGACUCGCUCAAUUCGGAGCGUCAUAUUCUUAGUGAAUACAUAAAAGCCUUGUUCAAGAAUCGUUCAGCUCAUUCAGGUCCAGAUCAAGGUGAUGAUCGAGGCGGAUCUUCACCAACAGCUCCACCUCCAUCAAGUGCUUCAAGCCAAGCAACAGUAACUUCAAGCAGUUUUCCCAACUCUAGUUACAUGACAGCACAACACUUGGAUCGUUUGAAUCACGCUGAUAGAAUGAAUCGAAGCAUCUCUAUCACUAUACCUGAAAGAAAAUCAGCAAUUUCCAUGGGAUCGCCAAACAUAGAGCAUCGAGAAAUGAGGUUUAGAAGCAACACAGAGGUUGACUUUCGAAUGGCUCAUCGACACUCUGCUGACUACAAUUUUGGUAGAUCUCGAAGUGCUCAAUCACUUAAAACUGGUGAAGAUCAAAUAAUGUCUUCAGAAGAUCGUAUAUCCUUGUUGGCUCAAUUUUUCUGGAUUUCAGUGGCUAUGCUUGAAACUGAUUAUGAACAUGAAUUUUUACUUGCUCUUCGAUUGAUGGAGAAAAUUCUUGCCUACUUUCCAUUGGAACGAAAUGAUACCCAAGAAAAGGUGGAAAAGGUUAUUCUACAGUCUAAAUGGAUUAACUUUCCUGGUGUUCAUGCAAUGUUACUGAAAGGUUGCACUUCAACCGCCACUUAUCAAGCAACCAUCUAUUUGCUUCAUCGUCUAACACCAUUUUUAGACUUAUCAUUUGUUGAUCCAAGUGAAAACAUCGAUUCAUUUCCUUUCAACGUAUUUGCUUUGUUACCUUACAUGUUGGCAAAUUAUGACGAUCCCAAUGCUCUUUGUAUUCAUGCUUCCAAAAAAUUUGCUGAAUGGUGCACCACAAAGGUUGAAACCGGAACACAAAACAUGGAAAACUUGGCUACUGUAAUGACCUUAUACAGUAAAAAGGCUUUCAGCAAAGAAAGUUUCCAAUGGACUAAAUGUGUUGUUAAAUAUUUAUUUGAUGCUUAUCCAUACAACUUUCCAUCUCUAGUAACAUUCCUUGUUGAGGUCUUGGAUAAAGGUCCAUCUUCUUUGAGCAGCCACGUUCUGUCCAUUUUACAUUGCAUGCUGCAUUAUAUGGACAUCACUACUUCUUCAUCAUCUUUAAAUAACGAUUUAUCCAAAAUUGUUCAUAAAUAUAUUGAAGGACCUCAGUGGAAGGAUUCACUGAAAAUAUUAAAACUCGUCGUUGCACGAUCUUCAACACUUGCAGCUGCUCCUUCUUACACUUCAUCCAACAUUGCCUCAAUAUCAUUAUCAUCUUCUUCAACCAUAUCAGGCACUACACCAUCCUACUCUUCAAUCAUCCCGGCUGACACUGUUAGCAUAGCUUCUGGUGCGUCAUUUGCUGAUUCAGAGUUUGGUAUUCGCCGAGAGUUGCCCGGUCGUACCAUUGAGUUUUCCUUUGAUUUGACUCAAACCCCGAUUGUUGGUCGAAAGUACAUUGUAGAUGAAAAGAAGAAUACAGCAAAAGAUGACGAAUUCAAACAGCCACAAACGCCACAACAGCAACAGUCACAACAGACUUCCGAGAGUGAAGAAGAUAAUACAAAAGAAGUAAACAAAACCAAAGCAAGUGGAGUUGAUUCAGCUUCAACUAAUAAUCCAGCUUCACCUCGUCGCAGUCUUUCAUAUAAUCAUUCAUUUAAUGAAGGCUCCAACUGGAAGCGACCCUGGUUAUCGCAGUCAAGAACACGGGAAAAGUUGAUUGGUUUACUGCGUAGUUUUGGCAAAAGUGUCGGUCUUCCUAAAUCACCGUCUGUUAUAUUUAGUCAAAAUAGUGACAUCAUCGAGAGACAGUCUUCCAUGGGAUCGAGUGAGGAAGAUAUAACCAAUACCAAUAAUGAUGUUUCCGCAGAGAGUAAACACGAUGACAAUGGUAAUAGCGAUCAAUUUGGUCUCUUCAAAGACUUUGAUUUCCUCGAAUAUGAAUUGGAAAGUCAAGAGGGCGAAAGUAUGGAUAACUUCAAUUGGGGAGUUCGACGUCGAUCUUUAACCAAUCUUGAUGAUACUCCUGAAAAUGAUUUGCGAACUGGAAGUCCACAUCAAAGUGAUAUUGUUCCCAGUAAAGAUGAAGCUUCCUCUGAUGAGGAGGGUGACUAUGUUUCACCUACUUCCUAUGAUGGACUCAAUGAUCUCUCUAUUUCUACACUUUACUCAAAUUCUUGAAUGUUUUUUAUUCCAACAAAAUAUCAACAUUUUUUUAACCAAUGAGUAAACAAAUAAUAUUUUACUCUAUCGCUAAAUGAUGAAUAAAUUAACCCGAAAACCAAAAUGCAACAUUGUGGCUAAAGACAAGCAAUAUUAAUCUCUUAACAAAAUUAAAUUUUGUGCUUAAUUCUUCCAAGAAUCAGAAUAAUCGUUAUUUAAUUUGUUUGCUCUUUCAUUCUGAUUCAUUAUAUCAAUAACUUUCAAUUUUUUUCAUCUCAUAAAUGAUGAUCACGUUAUUUUGUUGUCAUUUUUUAAUUUAUAUUAAAAAUAAAUAUUAAAUUUACCAUUAACC